AACCCUAAUCAAGCUCGCCAAAUACUGUGGUUAUUUUUCAGAUAAACUUGCAUCAUUCAAGUAAACAGAUGAAUUACAAGCAAUAGGCUACUAUUGAACAUAGUAUAACCAAGGAAUAAUGGAAGCAGAAGCUGCAGAUCAGGGAUCUGUUCCUGUAAAACAAGAUAAAGGACCAUCUCCUGUACAGCAAGAGAAAGGCUCUUCACAGAAACAAGGGAAGGCGUCAGGAAAAGGGCCAGCAACAAAAGAGUCAGGGAAGAAAAAAGAAAAACAAGCAGACAAAAGUGCUAAACAACAAUCUGUGCCAAAAGGAACUAAGCCUGGUUCAGAACCUAAGGAAGGGAGCAUGGCUAGCAGUGGAGACGGGGGCCAACAGCUAACCAAAGCUCAGCUUAAAGCAAUGAGACGAGAAAAACAGGAAGCCCAAAGGGCUGCGAAGACUAAGGCCAAAGAUGAUAAGACAACAGCUGCCGCUCAGAAGAAAGAGCAAGCUGUACGCGUGCCGGAUAGCGUGAAGGCAGAUGUCCCAGAGACGCAGAAACGAGUGGCAAAGAAACUUGAAAAACAAAUGAUACCGAAGAGAACAUCAGCACAGAGAAAAGUUAGGCUGUUUAAUCAUCUACAGCAAUAUGAGAGAGAAGUCUCACUGACACAGUCUCUACAAUUUUCAAGUGGAGGGAUCCAUCCAGCUGUAAUACGUCUAGGACUACAAUAUGCUGAGGGUGUGAUCAGUGGAUCUAAUGCUCGAUGUAUAGCUCUUUUAGCCGCACUAAAGAUGGUGAUAAAUGACUACAGCACUCCUCCGAAAGAAGAACUAUGUAGAGAUCUUGCAAAUAAAAUCAAGCCAUAUAUAAGUUUUCUGAACCAGUGCAGGCCACUGUCAGUGAGUAUGGGAAAUGCCAUCAAGUAUGUAAAGUGGCACAUUGCUCACACUCCGGGCAGUCUAAGUGACACAGAAGCAAAAAAGCAGUUGUUCGAUGCAAUAGAUGACUUCUUGAAAGAGAGGAUCUUAGUAGCAGCGGAGGCCAUCUCAACGGAAGCCUCAUCUAAAAUCUCCGAUGGUGAUGUCAUUCUUGUUUAUUCAUGUUCAUCAUUAAUAAGAAGAGUGUUAUGUGAUGCACACAAACAGGGGAAACAAUUUAGAGUUAUUGUUGCUGACAGUAGACCGAAAAUGGAGGGGAAAGAAUGUCUCAGAAGGCUGGUCAAGGAGGGAAUCAAAUGUUCAUAUGUACUAAUAAAUGCUGUGUCCUAUGUCAUGUCAGAGGCAACAAAAGUGUUUCUAGGUGCUCAUGGUUUACUGGCCAAUGGUUUUGUGAUGUCCAGGGUGGGCAGUGGCCUAAUUUCGUUGAUUGCCAAAGCCAGUAAUGUACCAGUGCUAGUCUGCUGUGAGACGUAUAAAUUCUGUGACAGGGUGCAGACAGACUCUUUUGUAUUCAAUGAACUAGGUGAUCCUGAUGACCUUGUUGACAUUGGUAAACAAUCACCAUAUCUCUGGGACUGGAGAGACUACAAUUCACUGACAUUGUUAAAUCUUGUGUUUGACUUUACCCCUCCGGAGUUUGUUACUACGGUGAUUACAGAACUGGGAAUGAUUCCGUGUACAUCAGUCCCUGUUGUACUGAGAAUGAGACAAGCUGAGACAAAUGAAACUUAGAGAAAGUGAAUAAUCAUCUGUCACAUAAUUUUUCUGUGCUAAGUAAAGUGCUGAGAUGGGGCUGUCAUAGAAACAAUAUUGAUAUUUAAUGGGUUCGUGUAAUUUAAUUUAUCAGGUACGUGUUAACAGUUAUGUCAAGAGGUUAAUGCAAAAAGGUACCAUAACCUUCUUUAACUAUCAGCACUUGGUACUUUUUUUGCAUUUACCCCACAAAUACGGUUUAUUGUACCAGUUCACAGGGUAAUAUAAUUAUGUAUUGUACUUUCUAGAAAAUGUUGACAGGUAUGUUGAAGUAUUUUUGGUUCCUUGUCAGUAUAGGUAAAAAAUGACAAUAAGAAAUACAUAUAGAAAUAUAAACCCUGUAAAUGAUUAACUACAUGUGAAUGAGUAAUCUUUCAGUCACUCUUGAAGUGGCAAGUAACAGUUUCCGAAGUUUUGGUAAUUAACACAUAGGGGUAGUAUAUAUUGGGUGACAUUUUGAUAAAUCAUCUUUUUUGUUUUCAUGUAAAUCAAUAGAAAUUACUCCAUCAAUGACAGCCCUACUGAUAAGAAGUUAACUUUAAGUAUUCAGUGAAAAUUAUUUCAGAUUUUUUAAAAAUCAACCAUUACGUGGAAAUUCAUGAGUGAAAUGCUUUUGACAUACUUUUUCUUUAUUUCUAUCACUGAUGAAAGUGGAAAUACUGCUAAUUAAGCACUGAUGAGAAGUGCUAGUGCUGGUGUUAACUUGAAAUAAAUAAACAUUGAAAAUGAA